UUACCUUCUUCACCAUCAUUCAAUCCCAUUGAAUAGCGCUCAGAUCGCUCACUGCAACAGUGCUGCGCUCAAUUGCCCGUUUGCUUUUCAAAUCUUUUCCUUUCCCUUUCUUUUCUCCAUUUCUUUUUUAGCUUUUCAAUUUAUUCCAUAUCAGUCGAUUCCAAAUUCGAAAUCACUCCUCCCUUCUCUCGUUUCUCGGCAGCCAAACCCAUUCGUAUCUGCAAAUUUCGAUCUCAUUAGGGUGUUGAUUCCCGAAAAUUGAGGGAGAACUUUGCUCUGUGUUUGGUUGCCCAGAAAACUGAGGGAAAACUUUGCUCUGUGUUUUCUCACUUUAUGCAAGUGGUUCAUGACUCUUGCAAGAGAGUGCUUUUGCUUGCUAAUGACUAUAGAACAGAAUGUACUCUGGGAGACCGUCUGGUGAAGAAUCUCUUCAUCAAGAUUUUGAAGCUUUGAGUGUAUCGAAGUGUCUGAUGAGAAAUGUUAGCCAGAAGUUGAGGAAGAAGAAUCAGAGGUCUGUAGGAGAUGAGGACGAUGGUGUGAGGGGAAUAGCUUUGAGAUGUCUUACUCUGUAUGGAAGGGGUGGAGGUUGCAAAGUAGGUGCUGACACAUGUGAUGAUUUUGGAGAUACGAGUAACAGGAGGAGGUCAAGUGCCAGCGAUGAAGGCAAGGGAUACAGACCAAUAUGUGGUACCGAGGAAUCUGGAGUGGAUUGCUUCUCGUAUGGGGUGAGGGAGAAAUUUUGGAAGAAACAUAACAGAAAGGAUUUUGAGCUUGAAGAAUCAAUUAGAAAUAGCAGGAUGCACAUUUUUCUUCCAGACGACAUACUGGAAAUGUGCUUGGUGAGGCUCCCACUAACCAGUCUCAUGACUGCACGCCUCGUGUGCAAGAAAUGGAAACACUUGACUACUACUACUCGGUUCCUGCAGAUGAGACAGGAAGGCUCACAUCAGACCCCAUGGUUGUUUCAUUUUGGUGCUGUUAAAGAUGGUUAUUGCUCUGGUGAGAUACAUGCAUUGGAUGUGUCUCUAAAUCAAUGGCAUAGUAUAGAUGCUGAAAUCCUAAAGGGAAGGUUCAUGUUUUCUGUUGCUAGUGUCCAGGAUGAUAUUUAUGUUGUUGGGGGUUGUUCGAGCUUGAACAACUUUGGGAGGGUGGAUAGGAGCUCAUUUAAGACACACAAAGGGGUGAUGCUGUUUAGUCCCUUAACAAAAUCUUGGCGCAAAGUUGCUCCAAUGAAGCAUGCAAGAUCAAUGCCUAUUUUAGGAGUCUCAGAGGUCACUUCAGAUUUUUCCACCAGUCAAAGUUAUCAAAGUCGCCAAGAUAGACGUAUUCCCAGAUCACGGGUAGGUGGAGUGUCAGAGGUCUAUGAAGAUCCUCACAGGCUUUCUCUUAGGCGUCAACACAGACAUUCUGCUGAUGACAAUGAGUCUUUGGUGUUGCCCAAUAGAAAGUCGUAUAAAUUUAUGAAACAAAAAAGUGAUCACUCAUCCAUGAAGGGUUGUAGAAGGUUUGUGCUCGUUGCUGUUGGUGGUCUUGGCUCCUGGGAUGAACCUUUGGAUUCUGGAGAAAUAUAUGAUUCUGUUUCAAGGAAAUGGACAGAAAUUCAGGGGUUCCCUGUGGACUUUGGGAUUGCUUGUUCUGGGGUUGUUUGUAAUGGGAUGUUUUAUGUUUAUUCUGAAACUGACAAGCUCGCAGGAUAUGACAUAGAAAGGGGUUUCUGGAUUGGAAUCCAAACCACUCCCUUCCCACCCCGUGUUCAUGAAUAUUACCCAAAACUGGUAUCUUGUAAUGGCCGGCUCUUCAUGCUUUCUGUCUUCUGGUGCGAAGGGGAUGGUCAGAUAGGCCGGAGAAACAAGGCUGUUAGAAAGGUAUGGGAGCUGGAUCUCAUGCACCUUAACUGGACCGAGGUCUCAGUACAUCCUGAUGCUCCAAUGGACUGGAAUGCUGCGUUUGUGUCAGACGGAAACAUGAUAUUUGGUAUUGAGAUGUUCAAAAUAUUUGGUCAAGUAUUGGAUUUUUUUACUGUAUGUGAUGUGUCUGAUACGGGGAUGAAAUGGAGUCAUAUCUCAAGGAACCAUGUAACUCGCGAGCUGGAUGCCUCUUCAUGCUUGACCAAGUCAAUGGCUGUGCUACAUCUGUAAGUUAAAGACUGUAAAGUCCUCUGUACGUUGUAACUCACAGAAACAAAGUAUUACACACAACACAUGAUCAUCAUUGGUCAAUG